CAGGACCUGGCGGGGAUGGCGCGGGCGCAGCGGCGCCAACUCCUCCCCGUGCGCAGAGACCGUAGGGGGCGACUGGGCACUUUGAAGGCAGUCUUCCUCUUUUUCGCCUCCGUGUGCGCCUGGUACUCCGGGUACCUGCUGGCAGAGCUCAUUCCAGACGUAUCCCUGUCCAGUGCUGUUUACAGCAUCCGGAGCAUUGGUGAGAGGCCUGUCCUCAGAGCCCCAGCCCCUAAAAGGCAAAAAUGUGACAUCUGGACCUCGUGCCCCCCGAACACCUAUGCCUACCGGUUACUCAGUGGGGGUGGCAGGGACAAGUAUGCCAAGAUCUGCUUUGAGGAUGAGCUGCUCAUAGGAGAGAAGACUAGAAAUGUUGCAAGAGGAAUAAAUAUUGCCAUUGUUAACUAUGCGACUGGGAAAGUGAUAGCAACACGGUAUUUUGAUAUGUAUGAAGGUGAUAACUCUGGACCGAUGACCAAUUUUAUUCAGAGUGCUCCCCCGAAGUCCCUGCUCCUCAUGGUGACCCACGAUGAUGGCAGCAGCAGACUGAAGGAGGACGCCAAGAAGGCCAUAGAAGCUCUUGGAAGUAAAGAAGUCAGGAACAUGCGAUUCAGGUCGAGCUGGGUAUUUCUCACAGCAAAAGGCUUUGAACUUCCUGCAGGAAUUGAGAGAGAAAAGAUCAACCACUCUGACAAUUCGAGGAACAGAUAUUCUGGCUGGCCUGCAGAGAUACAGAUAGAAGGCUGCAUCCCGAAAGAGCCAAGCUAACGUUGCACAGGAGACGCCUCAUGGAUCCAGGAAUACCAGAUCCCCACGCCCAGUGACUCGAGUCCAGGCAUGCGUCUGAUGGGGGUUAAGAAAUGAAGUCAUUGCCAAGCAUCCGUUCUAACCUCCUUCUGGAGCCUGGCUAAGAGAAGAGCUAGGAGACUCCGAUGCCAGGUUACCAUUGCUUCUCGGGGCCUCCGGUUUCUCAUCUGUAAGAUGGAGGAUUUGGGAAAGAUGAAAUGAUUUCAAGCCCUUUGAUCAGCAGGACCCCUUUUACAAACACGCUAGCACAUGGCAUCCUGAAUUUCAACGUCCUCAAAGUAACAACUGCCCCAACUCUCAGUGGCUUACAACAGUGUUGAUUUCUCCUUCGUGUUACAUGUGGGCCACGGGGCCGCCUCAGCUCAGCCCAGGGCGCUGGGAGCCAGAUCAGAGCGGGGUCCCUAUCAGGCAUGGAAGCCAAGAAGAGCAGAAAUCCAGCUGCCCCACAGCUGCUGCCAGGACACCGUGUGAGCACCUGAUCCUCGCAUCCCGGUGCCCUGCCCUGUGGAUGUCAACCACGUGGCAGUGGGUGGGGGACUGUCCUCCCACAGGAAAGGGGUGAAUCUUUGUGAGCAGGAAGACAACGACCACUGAAAGCCAAGCAGUGCUCUGGCCCAGAGAGGACCGUGGGGCCUGCUGGCCUCCUGCCUGGCCCUCACCCCUCAGGGAGCAGGGCCUCUCUCUGCAGAGGAGUCUGCAAACCCAGGAUGGGAUCUUGGCUCGGGCCCUGAUAUGGGCUAAAUUCUGUCCCCCCAAAAUUCAUAAGUUGAGUCCAAACACCCAGUCCCUCAAAACAUGACCUUAUUUAGAAAUACGGUCAUUGCAGAUGGAAUAAGUUAGAGUAGGGAGGACCCUAAGCCAACAUGACCGGUGUCCUUAUAAAAAGGGGAAAUUUGGAGACACACACAGACACAGGGAGAGCACCAUGUGAAUGAAGACAGAGAUCAGGUGAUGCUUCAAAAGCCAUGGAUUGCCAAGGAUUGCCAGCAGCCAGCAGGAGCUGGGAGAGAGGAUGGAACAGAUGCUCCCCCAGAGCCUUUGGAGGAAGCACAGCCCUGCUGACACCUUGAUUUUGGCCUUCUGGCCUCCAGAACCGUGAGAGAAUAAAUUUCUGUUGUUUUAAGCCCCUCAGGAUUGUGGUGUUUUGUCACAGCAGCCCCAGGACACUAACGUAGGCCCUUUUAGGUUCUAAACUCUUUGAUACACAUAGGCAUUUCUGUAUUAAGAAGAGGUGGGAGCGUAGUUUUACUCUGGCCGAAAUUACCACAUUUUCACGGCAUCAUUGAUCUUAACUCGCUGUAAUAGGGCAGGCCUUGGGCACUCCUGAGCAGGCUCUCCAGGAAUCCUGCCUGGGCGCUGAACACCACCAGCACCACCACCCCCGCCAGCAUCCUGUGACAGCCCUGGGGCCCCUUCCCUCAGCUGGCCCUGCCGCUCUUACUGCUGCCCUCCCUAGGGCCCAGGACUCUGAGUUGUUUGUGUCCUAUUCCCGCCUACAGGGCACUGGGGGUGGAGACCGGCAUCGCCCCUACCUCAUGCCCCAGACUGGGGAUGCCCUCCAACAUCUGUUCUCAGGAUGGCACCGGCUGAUGCUCCCCUGGAAAGCUUGGAACGCCUGUCCCAAAAUAUAGAACUGACUAAAAACAUCUUAGUUGUGACCCAGCUGUAUUUCUUUCUCCA